AUGGCGGGCAGUGCAGCGAGCAUCUACGAGCGCAGAUGUUGCUCCAACUUAUCACAGGGCCAGCGCCAGCUGGUGUCGCUGGCGCGUGCGCUAUUGACGCCGUCCAACAUCCUGGUGCUGGACGAAGCCACGGCUGCGGUGGACGUCGAGACGGACCGGAUGCUGCAGGCGACGCUGCGGUCGCCGCUGUUUGCCAACCGCACCAUCAUCACGGUGGCACACCGCAUCAACACGAUCCUCGACAGUGACCGCGUGGUCGUGCUCGAGCGUGGCGAGGUGGCUGAGUUUGGCACGCCACAGGAGCUGAUUUCGAGCCGCGGCUUAUUCUACGGUCUCGUGAAGCAGGCCGGCCUGGCGGACUAA